AUGAAAUUUCUCUUCCCUCAACAAUUCUGUACAAGACCGCGCUGUCUGAUUUCUGUUUCUAUUCCCCUGUUCCGCAAUCUGUACUACCAAGUCUCUUCGCCUCUGAAUCCCACCCAACUCAACCACCUCAUUGACAAUGCUGCACGAUUCAAGAACCUCAAACAUGCUACCCAAAUUCACACCCAAAUCAUCACCAUCAACUACGCGUCUCUCCCCUUCCUCCUCAACAAUCUUUUUCUCUUAUAUGCCAAAUGUGGUUCCAUCGACCGCGGCCUCCUCUUGUUUUCGACCACGCGUGAUGAUUCAAGGAACGUGGUCACUUGGACUACUAUCAUUACCCAGCUAUCGCAUUUUAAAAUGCCAUUUCUGGCCUUGAACUGUUUUAACCGAAUGAGGUGCACUGGUGUGUAUCCGAACCAAUUCACCUUCUCAGCGGUCUUGCCUGCUUGUGCUGAUGCUCUGGUUGUUGCUCACGGUGAACAGAUGCAUGGUUUGAUUUGGAAACACGGGUUUGAAAGCGAUACAUUCGUAGCGAGUGCGUUGCUCGAUAUGUAUGCCAAAUGCUCGGAUGUAAGCAUGGCAGAGAAGGUGUUUGGUGAAAUGCCAGACAGAAGUAUCGUUACUUGGAAUUCUAUGAUUGUGGGGUUUCUUAAAAACAAGUUGUAUGAUCGUGCUAUCGGGAUUUUUAGGGAGGUUCUCGGGGAGACUUUGGUUGAUCCGGAUCAAGUGAGUUUUUCAAGCGUGUUGAGUGCUUGUGCUAAUGCGGCUAGAGUCGAUUUCGGGAAACAGGUGCAUGGAAACAUUAUUAAGCGUGGUUCGAUAACAGUGGUUUAUGUGAAAAACUCACUGGUAGACAUGUACGCAAAAUGUAGAUUGUUUGAUGAUGCAAUGAAGAUGUUCUAUAACACAGGAGAUAGAGAUGUUGUUACCUGGAACGUGAUGAUCAUGGGAUGUGUCCAUAAUGACAACUUUGAAGCAGCCUGCAGUUAUUUCCAGGCCAUGAGAAGGGAAGGCCUGGCACCCGAUGAGGUUUCAUACUCUUCCGCUCUUCAUGCUUCUGCUAAUCUCGCAACACUGAUUCAGGGUACUUCGAUCCAUGCCCAGAUCUUGAAAACGGGGUUCAUGAAGAAUGCAUGUAUUCUGAGUUCAAUGAUAACUAUGUAUGGAAAAUGUGGGAACUUGCUUGAUGCUUAUUGGGUCUUCGAAGAAACUGAGGAUCAUAAUGUGGUUUCAUGGACAGCUAUGAUAACGGUUUACCAACAACAUGGCUGUGCAAAUGAAGCGAUUGAAUUAUUUGAGAAGAUGCUGAAGCACGGAAUUGUGCCAGAAUAUAUUACUUUCGUUUCGGUGCUGUCAGCUUGCAGCCAUACAGGACAAGUUGAAGUGGGAUUCAAGUACUUCGAUUCCAUGACUAAAAUCCAUAAUAUUAAACCCGGGCCUGAACAUUAUGCUUGCAUGGUUGACUUACUCGCCCGUAAUGGUCGAUUGAACGAAGCAAAGAAAUUUACAGAAUCAAUGCCAAUAAAGCCUGACUCAUCGAUUUGGGGGGCUUUGCUUGGAGCAUGCGGAAAGUAUGGCAAUGUUGAAAUGGGCAGAGAGGUCGCAGAGAGACUUUUUGAGUUGGAACCAGAUAACCCAGGAAAUUAUGCGCUGCUUUCUAAUAUCUACACACGACAUGGAAUGGUGGAGAAAGCCGACGGAGUUAGGCAAUUAAUGGGGAUUAAUAGAGUGAGGAAGGAAACUGGAUGCAGUUGGAUCGAGUUUAGGAACCAGACCUUUGUAUUUACUGUCAAUGAUAAGUCACAUUCAAGGACAGAUGAGAUUUACGAAGUGCUGAAAAAGUUAAAAGAGUUGGUAAAGAAGAGAGGAUAUGUGGCUGAGAUCCAGUUUGCGACUAACAGUGUGGAAGGAUCUGAAGAACAGAGUUUGUGGUGCCACAGCGAAAAACUAGCUCUGGCAUUUGGUCUUCUGGUCCUCCCGAGUGGGUCUUCAAUAAGGAUAAAGAAAAAUCUGAGAACUUGUGGGGAUUGUCAUACUGUGAUGAAGUUUGCUUCAGAGAUUUUGGGGAGAGAAAUCAUCGUGAGAGAUAUCAAUAGAUUUCACCGAUUCACCAACGGCUUGUGCUCUUGUAGAGAUUAUUGGUGA